CCAACCUUCUUAGGUGUGGCUGAGCCUAUAUAUAUCAGCCACACCUGCACUGUCUUCACUUUCAGGUCAAUCAGAUUCAAUUAAAAGGGUCCAAAAUGCUCCUAUUUUGGGUUCUAGAAUUUGCUUUAGCGGUUUUCGCUUGUGAGCCCAUAGGAGAUACUGAUGCAGCCUGUAGAAACGACUGUUACCGAAAAGACUGUGAUGGAACAGUGUAUGACAUCCAAGAGGCUACUUGCUGUGAAAACAAACUUCACCCAGGUGCAAGUUUGUCUUGUUGUGGAAAUGAGCCUUACAAUCCUGAAACAGCCACUUGUUGUAAACACAAUCUCACAGCCAGUGUUACUCAGGAUCUGAGUGAAAAGGUGUCCAAGUGCUGUGACCUGAAGGCCUACAACCCAGUCAAUGAAAUAUGUUGUCAAUCAACCAUCAUAUCAAAACCUGGACCAAUGGCUGAAUGCUGUGGUAAAGAUGUUUUUGAUAAGGACAAGCAGUUGUGUUGUGGUCCAGCUGAUAAUAAGACAAUUCUGGUGAGGAAUUCCCGUCACCAUGAGUGCUGUGGUCACAGCCAGUACGACACUGAGACUCAGUGCUGCUGUUCAAAUGAGGAGAAGUUGGAGAUACAAUCGAAGGAUUCAUCCUGCUGUGUCAAGAAUUUCACUCCAGGUGUACAAAAACAGAUCACAGAGCUUCAACCCAACUGCACUGAACCAAACACUCAUCUCUGUGGGUCAUCAUGUUACAAUCCAAAGGAAAGUCAGUGCUGUGAGAGAAAUCAAAAGCCUCACUGGUUCUGUGCGUCAGGUGUAAGCAAGACAACACCAGCUGUGUAUAACCCACGCACACAAGUCUGUUGUAAUGGAUGUGUAUCUGUAUGGAAGCCUUGGAUAGAUCAAUGCUGUGGAGAGACGCCGUAUGGCUCGGCACAGCGUGGAGUUCUCUGUUGUAAUAACACCUUGUACGAGGACAGAGACGAUGGAGAGCAAUGUUCAGAGAUGGGUAUUCCUUACAACCCGGCUAAAGGGACCAUAUGUUGUUCUCAGUUUCACGGCAGCCCAGGACAACACUGCUGUGGGACAGAAAUUUACCGGCCUCAUGCUGAGAUCUGCUGCAAUGGACACAGGCAUCUCAAAUCAGAAAACAUUUACUGCUGUGGGGUCAAAGCCUACAACAUUAAAGACCCACAGAUGAAGUGCUGUGCAGGAACACUGUACAAUCUGACAUCAUUAGAUGAGCAUGGAGGGGACGUGCAGUGCUGUGGAUCCAUUCUGCAAAAGCCACAGGACAUUUGCUGCUCAAGUGAGGACAAAGAGGUGCUGUACUCUGCCAAGACAGGGUUUAGAUGCUGUGGUCACUUCUACUAUAACACCACCCUGUGGUCAUGCUGUGCUGGGAGGCUGAGAUCAAUCCAUGAAGCAGGACAGGAUCAGAGAAAGAUGAUAAAAGAAUCCAGACUUCUAUCUGUGAAUAAUUUGAAUAAAGCUAAUCUUUCCGAAGUGUACAUUGGGGCUGUGGAAAGUGUCUCUCUGCAGAGCGUUGUGUUCAGGAAUGUUUUGAAGGUCUAUGGGAUGGAGGCCAAAGUGAAAGCUCUGCCUUUGCCCUACGUCCUGGAAACAAAUGAUCGCUGUAGCUAUCCUAAACUGAUUCCUGGGAAGACCUACUUCUUUAACAAAGACAAUAUUUUCACUGGUUUCAUCAAUGAUUCUUUUCUUCAGUCACUCCAUUUCAUUAUUUCCGAGUGUUCACCUAGGAUAGAAUAGAAUAGAAUAGAAUUCAACUUUAUUGUCAUUGCACAUGUCACAGGU